GGGAUUCUCAUUCUCAUUCCACCAAGUAGCUUCCACAUCCUCUGCCAUUGGCCUUUCCAGAAUUCAUUUUUUCUUCCCAUUGCUCCCACUUUCCUUUUCUUCCUUUCGGCACUCAAUGCUUAGUGGGCCCUGGUUGCACUAACCCAUGACUCAAUUCCCUUGAUCUCGACAGUCGGCCAUGAUAGUCUUCAAAAUAUUUAACUUCUCCCCCUUCUUCUACUUUGGCAUCUUCAUUUAUGUUGGCUUGCAAUAUCAAUGGCUGCUAAAACAAGUGAAUACUCCUUGGAAACCAACGACAGUUGCAUGUUUGGAUCACUUUUAAGUUGGCGUCCUCUAAGGUUAAUCACAUGCUGGCUAAUAUUCCUUAUGUUGUUAAAACUCAGUAAUUCAGCUGAGAAGCCUGAUGUAGAAGGUGAAGCUUUGGUUGAAUUUAUAAAGGCUCUCAAUCAUUCCAAUACUCCAUUUAUAGAAUGGAGUGAUCAUUUUGUGAGCCCAUGCUAUAGUUGGUCAGACGUCACUUGUAGGAGUGGAAAUGUCGUAUCUGUGAGACUGGCUUCAAAGGGAUUUUCUGGAACGCUUUCACCUUCAAUUACCAAACUGAAAUUCUUGGUUAACUUGGAAUUACAGGACAAUAAUCUCUCUGGUGUGCUACCUGAUUACUUUGCACAAAUGACGCAACUUAAAAAUCUAAAUCUUUCAAAUAAUAAUUUCAAUGGCUCUAUUCCUGUCACCUGGGGCCAGCUUUCAAGUCUGAAGCAUUUGGUAUUGAGGGGAAACCAUUUAUCUGGACCCAUUCCUGAUUCAAUUGCAAACAUUACUGGGCUGACAGAACUGGACCUUUCAUCUAAUGAUUUAUCUGGGAGAAUCCCUGCGCAACUCUUUUCAAUUCUGUCAUUUAAUUUUACAGGAACACAUCUUACUUGUGACCCUAGCUUGAAGCAACCUUGUGUUUCUAGCUCUUCUCUUCCAGUUUCAACCAGAAAGAAAACACUUGAAGUGGUGAUAACUUCUGCCAGUUGUGGUGCAUUCCUGCUUUUGGCACUUGGGGCUAUGUUUUCAUACCGAUACCAUUAUGUGCGCAAACUCAAACAUGAAGUGUUUGUUGAUGUUUCUGGUGAAGAUGAUCGGAAAAUUCUCUUUGGCCAACUGAGAAGAUUUUCUUUGCGUGAACUCCAAUUUGCAACUGAGAAUUUUAGUGAAAACAACAUAAUUGGACAUGGAGGUUUUGGAAAGGUUUACAAAGGUUUCCUCUCAGACAACACAAAGGUUGCUGUGAAACGCCUUACAGAUUAUCACAGUCCUGGUGGAGAGGCUGCGUUCCAAAGAGAAGUUCAACUUAUAAGUGUUGCAGUUCACAGGAAUUUAUUGAAGUUGAUAGGGUUUUGUACAACCUCAUCCGAGAGGAUUCUUGUUUAUCCAUUCAUGCAAAAUCUUAGUGUUGCAUACCACUUAAGAGAUUUAAAACCUGGAGAAAAAGGCUUGGACUGGCCAACAAGGAAACAUGUGGCUUUUGGUGCAGCCCAUGGCUUGGAAUAUCUACAUGAGCAUUGCAAUCCUAAGAUUAUACAUCGUGAUCUAAAGGCUGCCAAUAUCCUAUUAGAUGAUGAUUUUGAACCUGUUCUUGGGGAUUUUGGGCUGGCAAAGCUGGUUGAUACAAAAUUGACUCAUGUUACCACUCAAGUGCGUGGCACCAUGGGUCACAUUGCCCCAGAAUAUUUGUCUACCGGAAAAUCAUCAGAAAAGACAGAUGUGUUUGGAUAUGGUAUAACACUUCUUGAACUUGUAACUGGUCAGCGUGCAAUAGAUUUUGCUCGGCUUGAAGAGGAAGAGGAUGUUCUUCUGCUUGAUCAUAUCAGGAAGUUACAGAGAGAAUAUAGGCUGGAUGACAUUGUGGACAAUAACUUGAAGACUUAUGAGCCAAGAGAAGUUGAGACUAUUGUUCAGGUAGCAUUACUCUGCACUCAAAGCUCACCCGAGGACCGACCAACAAUGGCACAAGUGGUGAAAAUGAUGCAGGGAGAGGGUCUGGCAGAGAGAUGGGCUGAGUGGGAGCAGCUUGAAGAAGUUAGGAAUCAGGAGUACGCCCUCAUGCCUCACAACUUUACUUGGGCUGAUGAGUCGACGUACGAUCCAGAAGCUAUACAGUUAUCCAAGGCAAGAUAAGGCUUUUGGGAACCAAAAAUCAAUUUUGAAACCAACCUUUUGAAUCAUAUGGUUGUAUAUUCCAGGAGAAAAAAAAAACAAAAAAAAACAAAAACAAAAGGGAAACAAUAUAUGGACAAGUCCAGAUUAGCUUUCUCUAAUCAUGGCCAUGUAUACCCAGACAUGUGCUUUGUUGUAAAAUUAGCUUGUGUUGGCAAGUAUUUGCCUUUGUUACGUUCACAAUUAAUAUAUUGUGUUGUAUGUAUUUAAGGAUCA